AUGCAAAUCGCUCAGCCAUUACAGAUGAAUGCCCGCCCAUCUAGACACAGAUUGCAGGCUCGCCCUAGUCCCAGAGAGGGCAGACAUGGUGCAGUGCCGGCAGUGGACGACAACGUUGAGGAUGGAGAAGAUUUAUCAGAGGGAGAAGAGGACAGAGAGGCUGGCGAGGAGCAAGAGUCAAACAGGGUCAAAGGAACAAAGAAGUCCAAAAUGUCACCGACGGCCAAGACGAGAGUCCGUAGAGGGCUAACUCGCAUCAACGCCGAUGGCGAGCUCGAGUGGCUCGCGGCAAAUGACAGAGAUGGAAGUAGGAUCUCCUCCGUCCAUUUCCAAGUUUGCUAA